GGUGGCAGAAGCUUAAGCUCAUAGAGCAGAAGUGGGCAGCCUUCCAGAAGUGAUGUGUCCAGUAUUCUUUUAUUCACUAGUUUGUGGACUUCUUUGGCAAGGAUUCAUUUCAGUGAAGUCUCUUUGGAAGGAAAUUUGCAUGGUCCUAGAUGCCUGGUCUUGGACUUGACGGAACUGCUCUGAGUUAGAAUGGCUUCUCUUUGUGCAGGUGCGUUUGUGAAAGAGCCACAAACACUCGGUAAGGCUGCUGUUACAGAGAGUACAAAGCGGAGGUCAGAGCGGGUGGGCAGGAAUCUGCAUCGGUCACCCCAUGGACAUAACUCAGGCAUCGAAGCAAGUUGAGUUUGGGCAGUAGGUUCUAGUGGUGUAAAAAGUGGUGGCUCUGGCAGACUGCCUGGAUCUGAAUCCUGCUUCCACCUUUCAAUGGCUCGGUGUUACCAUGGCCAAGGUGAAGCUUGCGUGUGGAGCGCAGCAGUAAAAUCAGACGACAGAUGGACAGUGUGACAAGAGUGUCAGAAAGGAUUGGGCCUCGCUGUGAGAGUCAGCCUGGAGUCCAAGUGUUGACAAGUUGCUGAAAAGGAAGCCAGUGGGAGAACUGUGGCCUGCAGAGGAAGUGGAGCCCUGUCUUCAGUCACACCGUUGAUGGAGGACAGAUGGACAGUCACCUCUCCUCUUAAACCUUUGGAGAGUUGCCCUUUGUCCUCUGCUGGACACAUAUUCGGAAUCUUAACACACUCUCUGAGCUCACCUUCCUUAGAAACAUAAAAUUAGACUGCAGUGUAACCAGAUUCGUCUGUUGCAUGGUCACAGAUUUGCAAACAUGAGUGCUGAGGGGUACCAGUACAGAGCACUCUAUGAUUAUAAAAAGGAACGAGAAGAAGAUAUUGACUUGCACUUGGGUGACAUAUUGACUGUGAAUAAAGGGUCCUUAGUAGCUCUUGGAUUUAGUGAUGGACAGGAAGCCAGGCCUGAAGAAAUUGGCUGGUUAAAUGGCUAUAAUGAAACCACGGGGGAGAGAGGGGACUUUCCAGGAACUUACGUAGAAUAUAUUGGGAGGAAAAAAAUCUCACCUCCCACCCCAAAGCCCCGGCCACCUCGACCCCUUCCUGUUGCACCAGGUUCUUCGAAAACUGAAGCAGAAACUGAGCAGCAAGCUUUGACCCUUCCGGAUCUUGCAGAACAGUUUGCCCCUCCUGACAUCGCUCCACCUCUUCUUAUCAAGCUAGUAGAAGCCAUUGAAAAGAAAGGUCUGGAAUGUUCAACUCUAUACAGAGCACAGAGCUCCAGCAACCCAGCAGAAUUACGGCAGCUUCUUGAUUGUGAUGCUGCCUCCGUGGACUUGGAAACAGUUGAUGUUCAAGUUUUAGCAGACGCUUUCAAACGCUAUCUCUCGGACCUACCGAAUCCUGUCAUUCCAGUAGCUGUUUACAAUGAAAUGAUUUCUUUAGCCCAAGAAGUACAAAGCUCCGAAGACUAUAUCCAGCUGUUGAAGAAGCUCAUUAGGUCACCGAACAUACCUCAUCAGUAUUGGCUUACGCUUCAGUAUUUGCUCAAACAUUUCUUCAAGCUCUCCCAAAGCUCCAGCAAGAACCUCUUGACUGCAGGAGUGCUCUCGGAACUUUUCAGCCCUCUGCUUUUCAGAUUCCCUGCAGCCAGCUCUGAGAAUGCUGAACCCCUCCGAAAAGUUAUAGAAAUUUUAAUCUCAACGGAAUGGAGCGAGCGACAGCCAGCACCAGCACUGCCUCCUAAACCACCAAAACCUACUACUGUGGCCAACAACGGUAUGAAUAACAAUAUGUCCUUACAAGAUGCUGAGUGGUACUGGGGAGAUAUCUCGAGGGAGGAAGUGAAUGAAAAACUCCGAGAUACAGCUGACGGAACCUUUUUGGUACGAGAUGCAUCUACUAAAAUGCACGGAGAUUAUACUCUUACACUAAGGAAAGGAGGAAAUAACAAAUUAAUCAAAAUAUUUCACCGAGAUGGGAAAUACGGCUUCUCGGACCCAUUAACCUUCAACUCUGUGGUUGAAUUAAUAAACCACUACCGGAAUGAAUCUCUAGCUCAGUACAAUCCCAAGCUGGAUGUGAAGUUACUUUAUCCAGUAUCCAAAUACCAACAGGAUCAAGUUGUCAAAGAAGAUAAUAUUGAAGCUGUAGGAAAAAAAUUACAUGAAUAUAACACUCAAUUUCAAGAAAAAAGUCGGGAAUAUGAUAGAUUAUAUGAGGACUAUACCCGUACUUCCCAGGAAAUCCAAAUGAAAAGAACAGCUAUUGAAGCAUUUAAUGAAACCAUAAAAAUAUUUGAAGAACAGUGCCAAACACAGGAGCGCUACAGUAAAGAGUACAUAGAAAAGUUUAAACGUGAAGGCAAUGAGAAAGAAAUACAAAGGAUUAUGCAUAAUUAUGAAAAGUUGAAGUCUCGGAUCAGUGAAAUUGUGGACAGCAGAAGAAGACUGGAGGAAGACUUGAAGAAACAGGCAGCUGAGUAUCGGGAGAUUGACAAGCGCAUGAACAGCAUUAAGCCCGACCUCAUCCAACUGAGAAAGACAAGAGACCAGUACUUGAUGUGGUUGACUCAGAAAGGUGUUCGGCAGAAGAAGUUGAACGAGUGGUUGGGCAAUGAAAACACUGAAGACCAAUAUUCGCUGGUGGAGGAUGAUGAAGAUCUGCCCCACCAUGACGAGAAGACCUGGAAUGUUGGAAGCAGCAACCGAAACAAGGCUGAGAACCUACUACGAGGGAAGCGAGACGGCACUUUCCUGGUCCGGGAAAGCAGUAAACAGGGCUGCUACGCCUGCUCUGUAGUGGUGGACGGCGAGGUAAAGCAUUGUGUCAUAAACAAAACCGCAACUGGCUAUGGCUUUGCCGAGCCCUAUAACCUGUACAGCUCCCUCAAAGAACUGGUGCUACAUUACCAACACACCUCCCUCGUGCAGCACAACGACUCCCUCAACGUCACACUAGCCUACCCGGUAUAUGCACAGCAGAGGCGAUGAAGCGUGCCCUCCGGUCCUCCUCCUGAUGUUCAACCACCCGAGGCCUCUGGAAAGCACAGGGCUCCUCUCCAGCCUGACCUGUGAAUUGAGCUGCGGAGACCACGUCUUCAGAUGGGACUGGAGCUUUCGACAAAAAGAAAGCAGUAGGGGAAGACAUGCAGCCAGCACUGUGCGAUGACCAGACGUUGCUAAUCUGGAGUGCUUAACCUUCCUUUCCUUUUUUUUUUUUUUUUUUUUUGGUUUAAUUUAAAGCCACCACAACACAGAGAAAAAUAAAUGCAAAAAUCUCUGCGUGCAGGGACAAAGAGGCCUUCACCAUGGUGCUCGUUAAUGCUUUCUGAAGCUUUACCAGCUCAAAGUUGGGACCUUGGAGACCGAGGAUGCACGGGGCUGUGGAGCCCUGGCCCGGGAGCGCUCGGUCCAGCCUGGUUUAGCCUGGUGUUGCUGUGCACGGUGGACCCAGACACUUCGCACUGUGGAUUAUUUCAUUUCCUAACAAAUGAACGAUAUGUAGCAGAAAGGCACUUCCACUCACAAGGGACACUUUGGGGCGAACGUCAGCUCACAUGUGUUCAGAGGAAAUUCUGUUGCAGCAAAGUGCCAGAAAGCGUUUUGUUUAAACUUUUCAACAAAAAACAAAACCUACCAUUGGAAAAACGGAACUUGGAAAACAGGACUUCAAGUGACAUUUAGUAUAUAAAAUAUGUACAUAAUAUUGGAUGACUAACUAUCAAAUAGAUGGAUUUGUAUCAAUACCAAAUAGCUUCUGUUUUGUUUUGCUGAAGGCUAAAUUCACAGCGCUAUGCAAUUCCUAAUUUUCAUUAAGUUGUUAUCUCAGUUUUAAAUGUACGUUCAGAAUAAGCUUCCCCUGCCCCAAUUUUUGUUGCUUGAAAAUACUGUUGUUCCUGAUUUUUGUGUUAAUAUUCAUUUUGUUUAUUCUUUUACUUUUUUUUUUUUUUUUUUUUAAAGAAGAAAUGUACAGGAUGCCAGUUUUUUAAAAAGGCUUCAGAAUUAAAACUAUGAAAUAUUUUACAGUUUUUCUUGUACAGAGUACUUGGCUAUUAGUCCAAGGUUAAAAAGUUCCUAACAGAUUUUUUGGACUAAAUGUUUUGUUGGGCAGUGCCUGAUAAGCUUCAAAGCUGCUUUAUUCAAUAAAAAAGAGAAAGAUAUAUGAAUAUGACAAAAGUGUCGCGGAGUUCGACAAUGUUGUUUCAAAACUCUUAAAAUACGGUACCUGGCAAUGUUUGUUUCAUAAAGAAUUGUGAACUUCCUGAAUCUGGGGAGGAGGGAUAUAGCGAAAGGUUGUACAGGUGGGGGGUGGUGGUGGAAUGCACUUUCUCUUUCUCAUGAUUAGAGAAAAAGUAGGUAACUGCAGAGGGAAGUUGCUUAUACUUCAGUCUUUCCCACUCUCACCUGCUAGUUAUUGCCAAUUAUGACAAUUACACAUCUGCUACAGCUCUUACCAGUGCGGCUCGGCUGGUCAGAUGUUCCAGUGCUGACCCUCGUUCGGAACACUGAUUUCAAGGUUAAAUUGCUACACUUAGAAAAUGUCUCUUUUUAACAUUAGACUACUGUCACAACCAACAAACAUUCGUUUUUGAGAAAACAUGAUUUGAGAAAAGAUUUUUAUCCGGCUGUUAUUUUCCUAGCUUCCCAUUCACCGUAGACCAUAAGGCAAAGAGGCAUGAUGGUAACUGCUACUGCUCUGGGCUGUGUGGAACUCGCUAAAGUCACGGCCAUUUCAGGAAUCGUAAUAACAGUCCUUCUCAUUCAUCCAAAUAACUGCAUGUGUUAUACUUCACUGUGGGGAAAAGGAAGGGGUGUCAGAGUCAUCUCUGCAAUUCGGGGCAUGAGUGAGAGGCCUCCCUGAUUCACAUACGCAAAAAGCCUUUCUGUUCCGUGGAAAUUGUGCAUGUAUUGGGAGGAAUAAAGGAUAAUUAUAACCAUAGUCAACUACGCUGGUGGAUUAAGAUGGAAUCUUACAAUUUCAUACCUUUAUUUCUCUUUCCUUCAAAUAUUGGGGUGAGGGAACUUGGUUUUCUUAACGUUGUUCCUUUAAAAAUUCUUUUGAAAGAAUGUGUCUAGCAGCUGACUUAACUGUAAAAUGUAUUUUUUUUUUUUUGGUCCUUUUUUCAUGAAGCUACUCAUAUCAAGAGCAAUAGUCAGCAUGACAGCCAGACUGUCAGCCUGAGACUUGACUGUACUGAUCUGACCACCUCUCUCUCAUCUCCAGACAACUGACGAUUCUCCUGGUUUGAGUCUGGGUGUCUGGUUUAAAACUAUCCUUCCAUGUCUCACAGAAGUUUAACAAUUAGUUAAUAGUAGCUUGUAAACAAGAGUGGUUUUGUUCUUGUUUUUUUUGGUUUUGUUUUGUUUUUUGGUAGCACAUCCAUGUAUGCUAUUAAGUAUAAAUAAUUUUCAUUUAAUUUCCAAAAUAUAAGAUCUGAAAUGGAAUGUUUCAUUAACAAUACAUUUCAUAGUUUUGUUAGUGUUUUUGCUUCAACAUUUUGCAAGAUGACAUGGUAGUAGGCAUCUGCCUUAGUUUUGCAUCUCACAAGCACAAACAAUAGAUUUUAUUUGCACUGCAAAGGCAGGAUUCCUCACUCCAUAUCACAGUGAGUUACACACCUGUGAUGUCACCCCUCUGCCAGGUGCCUUCCUGACUGUGUGUAGCAUGCCCACCACCUAUGUCCUUCCAGAUGUUUGACCAGCAGGGCUCUCUGGGUUCCUCAGACAGUCAUCCAACAACAUCGUCUCAGUGGCUCACAAGUAUGAAUGGAUACAGCAGAGGUGCUCUGAGACAUUUUCUUAGCCAUGCAUUGAUCUCCCCUACCCAAGAUAGCAUCCUAAAAAUAAAGCCAGAACUAGGCUUCAGAGAGGCUAUGACGGGGCUAUAAGGUAGGAGCACUGGGACCUGACAUUAGACACAAGAGAAAUAUUAUAACCGUGAGAAAAGGCAAAAAGCAUGUGUUUGCAACAUCUGAAAACUUCGUGGCCCUUGAUAUAUGUAUAUAUGUAUAUGUGCAUGGACUGUGUUUUCAGUACACCUUUCAGCCAAAACAGAUCCACAGUUGAGUUCAAGUGCAAACAAGCAAAUGUCUAGUAUAGUUCUUAUAUAUGUGUAUGGGUGGUUUUUUUCCUGUGAAUUUGCUUUGUUUUGUCUUACAAAGGUGAAAAUUGUUUGCAAGUGAAGUGAGAAGUUCAUAAUUUUUUGGCGUUUUUUUCCCCCCUGUGUUUAAAAGUUAACUCCUUUUGGGAAGCUGGCCUCGCUUAAUUUGGAAAUCCUUGUUUUCAGUGUGUCAAGUCAAAAUGUGUGUAUGUGAGCUGUCACUAUAGGGAACCUAUUGCUUUGUCAUGUAGCUGGUUAUGAACUAGUAAUGUGUUUGGGAAGUCCUACUGAUGUUCCUUACUGGGAGAAAAGUUCUGCUGGUUUUAACAACUGUGCUUUUGCUAUGCAUGGUAUUCAAGUCAGCUGGAAAGCAGACCCUGAAAUCUGAGUUCAGGGUCACUUAAGAAAGGGGCAGUUUAAAAGCACAAUGCCUCACAUGAGACAAAGUUCCAAAAUGCCAAAUUCUUAUUUUUUAAACAUCUAGUUAUAUAAAAUACUAGUGUGAGUGGGGAGGGAACAAAAUUGGAAACACUAUCUAACUUAACAUUAAACUUGUCACCAUGAGAUAGCAUUAGCUACCCAGGAUGCUGCUAUUAAAAAAACAAAAACAAAAAAUCAUUUAUAUGUGUGUAUUUUUUAAAGCUACGGUCUGUUGGAUGUUUUUACAAAUCUGUUUAUAUGACAUUGUUAAAAUAACGUUUGUCUUUUGACGAGAGGGAGGAUGUGAUGGUCUGUUGUAAUUUUGCCUUUACAAGGCAACCUGGGUGGGGGGCGGGGGGAGUGUGCCUCCUUGACACUUGGUUCAAGCUAUAGAUUUAAUGGAGCUAUGUCUUGUUGUUUUAAGUUGCUGUAAUGCAUUGUAUUAGGGCCUCAAACAGAAUAAAGGUUGUUUUGAAACGUA